GGUGUCCAUGUGGCCCCUAAAGUUAGAACCAUAGCCGCCUAGCCGAAAAUAGCUCCAAAUGCAUUUGAUUAAGGUCGCUUUUUUGCUGAGCUUCUUGGCUCUCUGCCUACAACCCCAAGUCGACGCCGCCCUGAGCUAUCGUACGGAAAAGUAUCUUCGGUGCCUGGAGGUGGUGGCCGAUGCGGGUGCCAUUAUGAUUGAAAAUUCGGUGACGGCGGUCAGGGCCCUGUCGGAAUGUGUGGAGUUCGAGCCCAAAAUCAAGUUAACUGGAAGUAUUCUCAGAUACAUCAAGUUGGCCCAUCAGUUCCUUAAGAGGGCGAUCUAUGACAAACAGGUCUGUCUGAUCCGGACAGUUACCACGGCCGUCAAUUUGGUAAGACCAUUGGUGGCCAAGUUCGAUAGCCUUAACUGCUUUGAUGAAUAAAUUUAAGUAACAAAAAAAUGUGAAAUUUCAAUAAAAAUUCAGAGCAUAGCGCGAGUUUGUCCAGCUCAGCAAAGUGAA